AUGCCUGAAGUUCACCAGCUGUCCAUUGCGCCGCUCUCGGCCCACGCCUUCAACGGAGACCGCUCCCAGGUCGCGGUCUCGCCCAACUCGAAUGAGGUCCACAUCUACGCCUUCGACGGGUCGAAGUGGCAGCUUCAGCACACGCUCACCGAGCACGACAAGCUCGUUACCUCCAUCGACUGGGCUUCCCACACGAACCGCAUCGUAACCUGCUCGCACGACCGCAACGCGUACGUCUGGACGCUCGAAGCGGACCCCGAAACUGGCGCGGCUGUCUGGCAACCGACGCUCGUCCUCCUCCGCAUCAAUCGCUCUGCCACGUUCGUACGCUGGUCGCCGAACGAGGAGAAGUUUGCCGUCGCUUCGGGCGCGAGGACGAUCGCCGUCUGCCAGUACGACGCCGAGUCGAACUGGUGGGUCGCCAAGCACAUCAAGAAGCCGCUUCGCACGACAGUCCUCAGCCUCGACUGGCACCCGAACUCUGUCUUGCUGGCUGCAGGCGCAGCUGACGGCGUCGCACGCGUCUUCUCCGCCUUCAUCAAGGGCGUUGACCAGAAGCCCGAGCCAUCUCCCUGGGGCGAGCGUCUUCCCUUUAACACGGUCUGCGGCGAGUUCGUCAGUCCUUCGGGAGGUUGGGUGCAUGGUGUCGCCUUUUCGCCGUCCGGCGACGCUCUCGCUUUCGUCUCACACGACUCGAUCUUGACCGUCGUCUACCCCUCGGCGCCCGAACAGCCCCCUUCCGCCGUCUACACCGUCAACCUGCCGUCCCUCCCAUGCCUCACGCUCACCUUUACGAGCGAGAAUUCGCUCAUCGCCGCCGGCCACGACUGCCAGCCGCUCGUCUUCGAGGGCUCCAUCGAGUCGGGAUGGACGCAAACUGGAUCGCUUGACCAGCGGACGGGAAGCGCGGGGUCCGGCGCUCGCACGCCCGUUGGCGGCUUUGCAGGUGGCGUCGGACGUCUCAACCGCUCCGAAGCCUUCAACAUGUUCCGGGCGGCCGACUCGCGCGGCGUCUCUUCGGCGCCUGCUCCCGGCGGCGGCACGCUCGGCGCCGGCCAGACCUUGACGUCGCACGGCACCGAGCUGCUUACGGUUCACCAGAACACGAUCACGAGCGUGCGACCGUACGAGGGCGUCGGCAACGUCUCCAAGGUCAGCACGACGGGCGUCGACGGCAGGCUCGUCAUCUGGCCGGUCCAGGGGGGUGUCGGAGGCGUCACCCAGGGUGUUCAGAGGCUCACAGUCUAG